GCCACGCCGAGGGAGGAGGCCCGGCCGCGGCCUGCCCCGCCAUCACCGGGCGGGGAGCGGGGCGGAGGCCGCCAUGCUGCGCCCCAAGGCCCUGACGCAGGUGCUGAGCCAGGCCAACACCGGCGGGGUCCAGAGCACCCUGCUCCUGAACAACGAGGGGUCCCUGCUGGCUUACUCAGGCUACGGGGACACGGACGCCAGGGUGACCGCGGCCAUCGCCAGCAACAUCUGGGUGGCCUACGACAAGAACGGGCACCAGGCCUUCAACGAGGACAACCUCAAGUUCAUCCUCAUGGACUGCAUGGAGGGACGAGUGGCCAUCACGAGGGUGGCAAACCUGCUGCUCUGCAUGUACGCCAAGGAGACGGUGGGAUUUGGGAUGCUGAAGGCCAAGGUAAUGCUGGGGGGGGACACACGCACCCCAGGGGGUGGGGGAGCACAGGGCAGCGUCCACGCUGUGGGGUGGGAAAGAGCCGUCGAGGAGGACGAGGAUGGGAGUGGUGGAGGAAGCUGCAAGCCUGGGCCACCGCUGUCUUCCUCUUGCAGUCCCCUGUGCCAGCCUGGGUGCCACCUUUUUUAAGGCUCUAAAAUUAAAUAUAAAUCAAAAUAGUCAUAGAAUCACAGGAUGGUUUGGGUGGGAAGGGACCUUAAAGACCAUCUCCUUCCACCUCCC